ACAAUAAAUACGUAAUUUAUAAGUUAAUAAAAAUUUAUUAAUAUAUAAAUAAAUAACAAUGGCUGGUGGAAAAAAUGAACAAGGUGGAUUUCAACCAGAUUCCGAUGUUCAUAUUACUUACGAUGAUCAACAAAAAAUCAACAGAUUCGCUAGACAAAAUGCUAAAUUGGAAGAUUAUAGAGAAGAACUUAAACUUAAACAAAAUGAAUUGAAAAAUUUAGAAGAUGCUUGUGAUGAAUUGACUCUCGCAGAUGACGACGCUAAGAUACCAUAUUAUAUUGGAGAAGUUUUUGUUCAUCAAGAUACUGAAAAAACACAGAGUUGUUUAGAGAAUGCUAAAGAAAAAAAGAAAGCAGAGAUAGCAAAUUUAGAAAGUAAAUGCGAAGAAUUGAAAUCAUUGAUGAACGAAUUAAAGACACAGUUAUAUGCAAAGUUUGGGAAUCAUAUAAAUUUAGAAAGGGAAGACGAUUGAAUUAUUUACUACUAUAUUUAAUAUAUAGAACAAGUUUGUAUCAAAAAUCAUUUGUGUGACAUAAAAUUCAUUUUAUUCUGACUAAAACAAUUGGCUGCUAAUUUUCUAAAUUAUUGUUAUUCAAUAUAUAAACAAAAAAAUAUACGAGUAUAUCAUGAA